AUGGCAUUGGAGAUCAAGAAAUUGAGAGUCUAUGGGGAUUCAUCAAUCAUGAUCUAUCAAACUCAAGGGAAGUUGAAAACCAACGACGAGAAGCUGAAACCCUACCAGGAACAUUUGGAAGGGAUAAUAAAAAAUCUUAAAGAAAUCACCUUCGAAUACUUGCCAAGAGUCAACAAUAGGUUUGCAGACGCUUUGGCCACCCUAGAUUUGAUGGUUGAGUGUAGCUUGGACACCGAGAUCCGUUCAUUUCUGGUAGAAAGAAUGUGUGAAUUGGCAUAUAAAAAGUCAGUGAAUGCUCUCAAAACCGAUGGGAGGACAUGGCUUGCACCCGUAAUUGAUUUCAUCAGAGAAAGGAAGUACCUUGAAUAUUCUACAAUGGGUGAAAAGAAGCGGUUACGGAAAUAUGCCACGUAA